AUGGACGGGCACACUGCGACGGGGAGAAGAAAGUUCUCUUUCACCAUAGACAGCAUCUUGAGCAGAGCUUCUGAGAGAGGAGACAAGACCAAGCUAUUGAAUGAAGUUUCUCCUUCGCGCGGUUCGCCGGUGUCUCCCCUGGAGCAGCCGAGAUCGGAGAUGGUCACCAACCGCAGAGACCCUGGUCAGUGUGCUUUUCUCUGCUGCUGCUGUUGCACCCACUGUGGGGAGAUGCUGCAGGCUGACUACCUUCCAACAACCCCCUGUCGGUUUGCGUGGAGCACCAGGCUGCUGACGGAGGCAUGCUUGACAGGCGAGGCUCACGGCGGAGAGAGGUUUGGUCAGAUUCAAAGACGAAUCCGUCGUCAUCGCACGAUAUUCACAGAGGAGCAACUGGACGCCCUGGAGGAGCUGUUUCUGCAGAACCAGUACCCGGACAUCCACACACGGGAACAGCUGGCAGAGAGAACGCACCUCAGAGAAGAGAGAGUGGAGGUCUGGUUUAAAAACCGCAGAGCAAAGUGGAGAAGACAAAGAAGACUCCCGUUCAGUCUACGAGACAAUGAUGAAUGGAAAAAUCUUCACAGCAGUGACUGA